ACUAAAAACCCUAAUCUCUAUCCCUAUAUAAACCUUUCCACACACCGACCAUUCCUCUCACAAGUCUGCAGCCGAUUCAUUCCCUAGGGUUCAUUAAUAGAGAUGGCAAAGUCAAAGAAUCACACGGCGCACAAUCAGUCUGCCAAGGCGCAUAAGAACGGAAUCAAGAAGCCAAGGAGGCACCGUCACACCCCAACCAGAGGAAUGGAUCCUAAGUUCCUGAGGAACCAGAGGUACGCAAGGAAGCACAACAUCAACGGUGGCGAGAAUGCUAGCGCUGAUGAGUAGAUCUUUUGAUCGUCUGAAAGACAUUUUAAGGUUUUUUAUGAAUUUCACUUUCUUAGACAAAAGAACCAAUGUACUACUUUCAGGGAUUGUGUCUAUUUCAGAUUCUCUUAUUUUGCAAAUUACUUAAUUUGAUGCAAUUCUUUCACUAUAUGUUUACGUAGACCUAGAAUCUGAAAGCUGAACUGGAUUUACAUAUUUAGGUUUGUGUAGCCUUACUUGAAUCAAUCUGGUAUUA